AUGUGGAUUUGGGAGUGGUUCUGGAAUUUAUUAGCGGAGCUUGGUCUUGCUUACAAAUCAGGUAAAAUGUUGUUCUUAGGCUUGGACUAUGCUGGGAAGACUACACUUCUCCACUUAUUAAAAGACGGGAAGGUCUCACAACACAUCCCAACACAGCAACCGACCAUGGAAGAGUUAGUGAUGGGCAACAUCAAGUUCAACACUUAUGACUUAGGAGGACAUACACCAGCUCGUAAAGUCUGGCAACAGUAUUAUACUGAAGUCGACGCAGUAGUUUUCAUUGUCGACUGUGCUGCUCCGGAGAGAUUUACAGACUCAAAGAUGGAACUCGACGCACUCUUAAAAGACCCAUUCUUGCAAACAACCCCAUUCCUCAUUUUUGGUAACAAAAUCGAUAUGCCGGGAGCAGUCUCAGAACAACAACUCAGAGAUGCUAUGGGUUUGACUCAUACUACUGGAAAAGGAAAUGUACCAUGUGAAGGGAUUCGACCAAUCGAAGUCUUCAUGACGUCGAUCGUCAACAAACAGGGAUAUACAGAAGGUUUUAAGUGGAUCUCUCAGUACCUCAAGUAA